GGCCUCCCGGAGGCCGUCGGCACGCUGUUCCCGCAGCAGCUUGGGUGCGUGUCCUACGCAACGCCGUGUGCUUGUUGUCCGCCGCUGAUACUGCAGCACCCGCAUCCACUCCCGCUCCCCUUGCCCAUCCCGUUGCCCUUCGCUUUCCCGAUCCAGUCCUUAGAUCCUCAAGUCGCAAAGCACCAGCGUUUGCUGCUCUCUAACAUGGUGAGUGAAUCUUCACUACUUGAGUGCAGCAACGGGCGCUACACAGCGUCCGAUACGAGGGGCUCAGACGAGCUUCUUUCGCAGAGUGGCGUCACCGUCAUGGCGCCCGCGGCUCCGCACCACGCUGAUAACAAUAAUCAGGACUCCGCUGCGAAAAAAGUUAAGCUGGAACAGAAUGUUGGCAAGCCGUCUCGGGUUAUACAUAUACGGAACAUACCAAAUGAGACAACAGAAGCGGAGAUCAUACAGCUGGGCUUACCGUUCGGCAGAGUCACUAAUGUGCUCGUACUAAAGGGGAAAAAUCAGGCGUUCCUGGAGAUGGCAGAGGAGAUAUCAGCAGUGGCAAUGGUGGCAUAUUUCGGCGGGUGCGUCGCUCAACUGAGGGGUCGCGCGGUCUACGUACAGUUCUCUAACCAUAAGGAACUCAAGACUGAUCAGACUCACAGUAAUGCUGUAAGUGUGUCAGCAUCAGCCCAAGCGGCACUACAAGCGGCGCAGGCUAUUUCCAACACAGCAGGCGCUGCACUCGUGGCCGGCGCCGGCGCAGCGCUAGCUCCAGCUAAUGGCGGCACUGAGAUACAGGGCGGGCCAAACACAGUAUUACGCGUGAUCAUAGAACACAUGCUGUAUCCAAUUGUGCUGGAUGUGCUGUACUCGAUCUUCCAGCGAUACGGGAAAGUGCUCAAGAUUGUCACAUUCACCAAAAAUAACUCAUUUCAAGCUUUAAUCCAGUAUCCAGACACUGGAUCAGCUCAAAUGGCGAAAACGGCCCUGGACGGUCAGAACAUCUACAACGGAUGCUGCACGCUGCGCAUCGACUACUCGAAGAUGACUUGCCUGAACGUGAAGUACAACAACGACAAGUCGCGCGACUACACCAACCCCACGCUGCCGUCCGGCGACGGCGACACCCAUCAGCUCUUGACCAGUGAGUUGAUGUCACUGCGUGCUCGCCUCCUGGCCCUCGCAUCCAGGAAGAGUGGGGGAGUCCUCGCGCCCCCAUUCCUAGGCCUCGGCUCCGGGCUCGCGUCCCCAUACGGCGUGGGCGUGGGCGGCGUGGGCCUGCCCGCGUUCGGCGCGCUCACGCUCACGCCGGCCUCGCCCGCGCUCCGUGCGCUCGCUGCGCCACCGCUGCCACUGGCGACCGUGCUGCUCGUGUCGAACCUUAAUGAGGAGAUGGUCACGCCUGACGCUCUCUUUACCCUUUUCGGCGUGUACGGCGAUGUGCAACGAGUGAAGAUCCUUUACAACAAAAAAGAUUCAGCUCUAAUUCAGAUGGCGGAACCGCAUCAAGCCCAUCUCGCGAUGACUCACAUGGACAAGCUGCGCGUGUUCGGCAAGGCGAUGCGCGUGAUGCUCAGCAAGCACCAGACCGUGCAGCUGCCGAAGGAGGGCCAGCCCGACGCGGGGCUCACACGGGACUACUCACAAAGCCCCCUCCACCGAUUCAAGAAGCCGGGCAGCAAGAAUUACCAGAACAUCUACCCACCGAGUGCCACCUUGCAUCUGUCCAACAUUCCAGCGACAGUCUCCGAGGACGACAUUAAGGACGCGUUCACCAAACGCGGCUUCACGAUCAAGGCGUUCAAGUUCUUCCCCAAGGACCGCAAGAUGGCGCUGGUGCAGCUGCCGUCCAUCGACGACGCAGUGGCGGCUCUCAUCAAGAUGCACAACUACCAGCUGUCCGAGUCCAACCACCUGCGGGUCUCCUUCUCCAAGUCGAGUAUUUAAACAACCCGACGGAAUAUCACACAAGUCGUGUCGUCGUCGUGUCGUCGCGUCGUCGUGUCGUCGUGUCGUCGCGCCGGCCUCUCUCACACUCGAGAACUCCUCGACUGAAAAUUAUAAUGUAUCUGUAUUACGCUUACUUGGAACAGUCUAGAUUAAGUGCUAUUACUCUACUUCCCUAGUGAAUACAUGCGUUUACAUAAUUUAAUAUAGCGCCAUCUGUCGGCCGCGGCCGGUACUGCUACCCGCUCAGAGAGAGUCUACGUUAUCUGUAUUUUGUGUGGUAUUUCAUUCCGCGUAUUUGAUAAUUAUUGUAACGGUAUAUUUUUAUUUUUUUAUAUUAUUAUUAUUAUAGAUAUACGUUUCCAGUGAUUUGAAUAAUUUCAUUCGAAUAUAGCAGAUCGCAAUGUGAUUGCGCUAGAAUUAUUUCAUUCGGCAACUGAUAGCUAUUGUGAGCGAUGUCAAACAUUGCAAUGGUUGUUCUAUAAUUAUUAUUAUUCGUUAUCAGCUAAUUUACACAUUUAUUAUUAUAUUAUUAAUUAUUAUCGAUUAUCAAUUAUUAUUAUAUUAUCCAUCACAUGUGCACAUUGUUAAAAAAAUAUAUUUUCCUCGUCACAUAUAAUUUGCAGUUAUCGCUAUAAGAUUAUAGUUUAUAAAUAUAUUUUAUUCACUAUUUUGAUAUGCACAAUUUAUUAUUGCAUUUUUAAUUAAUUAUAGUUUUGUGCGCAUACACAUUUUUUGUUUAUGAACGAGAAUGAUCGCUUAAAAAUGUGUAUGUGUGUGCAAUAUUAGUUAUAGACAAUUUUAUUAGCGUUAAGGUUAUAUCAUCUCGGAGCGCUUAAGGCUCAUCGCUACACUCUUCCAUAUUGUUUCGUUGUCUAGAAAAAUAUUCUGUUAAUCGUUUCGAAGUAGUUAUCUCGAUUAGUUAGUGUAAUCACAACUCUCGUAUCUUACCUAGAUUCUAGUUAAUAAUACCAUAAUACUAUCACUAUGGAGGUUAUGUUCGGUGACAUAAUAGUGACAUGAUGCAUUUAUUCGAUGUUAAUUUAUAUUAAUGGUAGCUACAACAUACUAUAAAUGCUCGUGCAUGUUUCACUAAGUGAUUAUUUAUAAAGGAUUAUUUAUUUCUGUCCCCAUUGUCCCUGUAAUGUCUAUGUUUCGGUUCAUUCGAAUCCGGCCAAAGUUCGGUCACAGUCCUCGAUAAUCGGGAAUCGGGAGCUGAUUUCUAAGGAAUGUUAUUAGUGAUGCAACCAAUAUUUAUUGUACGAAUACUCGAAUACAUUUACUAUUUAACAUCUUUAUUUUGGUGUGUUUUUAAUGAGAUUUUUGACAACAAUCUUCAUUGAAUGUUGGUAUCUAUAGAAGCAUGUUGUUUAUGGUUUCCCGUGUAACGGUAUUCGUGUUGGUUGCAGCGCUAAAUGUUAUGCUGUCAGUAUUCACACUAACGUAAAAACAACAGUAUUUUAGUGUAAUAUCCUUACUCGACACUUUGUAAAUAACUUUGCUAAUUUCCAACGGAGUUUCUCGUUUCCAAAUCUCUGCUACGAUUGGUUUUCACACAUCUUUGCCUUCUUAAUUUAAAUAAAUAUGCGUCUAGUCCAAUUCGAAAGAGAUUAAGUUGUGAUUAAGUGAUUUAAUAUUAAUUCGAAAAACGUUUCUAACCUUCUAAAAACUGUGGUAAUUUUAAUGGUUCGUUAUUUAUUUGGUGCACCGUUUCUGAGCGGUGUGAUCUCUCAAUUAGGACCAGUUUUAAGUGUUCAGUUACACGUCCAUUCAUUGUGAUUAGGCAAACAUGCGUGAAACAGAUACCUGAUAUGACGAGUUAAGGAUAUAUUAUUGUCGUACGCGAUACGAUGCGUACAUUAUCAAUUUUUUAACAAAAUUUUAAUGUUAGGCGUUAUUAAAACAUUAUAUCUUCGAAACCGUAAACGGUGUCUUCAUUGUCCAUAUCUUUCAAUGCCAGUUCUAGUGUUGACGAAGAGAGUUACUAUAGGAAAACUAAUGUCAAUGCAAAGUUAACCUAUCGGUCAAAUUUACGAUUAUUCGGAACGUUCUCUUUGAGUCACAAAAAUGAAGUAAGUAUCUAUAAUUAUGAUUAUGAUAGCGCAGACAUUAAGAAUCACAUAUUUACACUAUUUAAAUUGUAUCAUAAUUAUACAUCACGUACGGAUUAAUGAUAAAACUAGAGCUUAGUAAAAUGGUUAAAGAAGAUAGUUUUCGAUAAGGAGUAAGGACGGUAAGGGAAAAUUGUUUUAAAAUCGUAUUGUAUUCAUCGGUAACUAUCUGAGGUAGGAGCGUAUAAGUAGAUCGGUUUAUAUAAUGUUAGGAGACCAGGGUGUGGUGAUAUUUUGCACAAUUUUGAAAAUGUUUUACUUAUACAGCGGGCCGCGACCCGCUGCAAAAUAUGAACUGUGGUUAAUGACUGGUGGGUUCGUUCGGGGAGGAUCGGUAUAAGCGGUAAUACGAGAAUGAAUUAAAUUGGAAUAUAAAUAAAUUUGAAAUAUCAGCAAGAAAUGACAUAUCGGUAUAUAGAGCGCAACGCUAACUCGGCUCGCGGUCGCUCGGCCGCGGGCGCGUGCGUUCCGGGCCUAAAGUUCCCUCAGUGACACUGGUAUUGACUAAUAGAUAAUUAUAGGAAUUUAUGUGUUUAGAAAAGUAUUUUAAAUAUAUAGGAUAAUGUCGUAAUAAGAUAAAAUCAGUGUUUAGAAUGAGAUGCCAAAUUUAAAAGUCAAUACACAUUAUUUUAGGUAAAUCUUAAAUUAAUUAACUAAUCUUAACAUUUAUUAAAAAGUUGAUGAAAGAUGUUACAGUUAAAUUAUAUUUGAGAGUUUUAUUAAGCGCAGUGUAUGCAAUUUUAUUCAUAGUGAGUGAAGAUUGUUUCGAUUUGUUAGUUAAAAGUUAUACGUUAAGAAAUGAUGUGAAUGUUGUUUUCAAUGUUUUCACUUUACUGUUCUCUAUACGAUGCUCUCGUAAUGAAUAUUAGAUAUUGUCGUCGGUACUAUAGGUUCCUUCCGAGUGUUAUUUGUCUCAAACUUAAAGCAUAUCUUUGCAUAUCAAUCGUUUGAUUUGUUCUAACUUUCAUUGUGCUUUAUAUUUAUCUCUUAACGUAAGCUGUAGAUAAUACUAUACAAUACAAUGAUUUGUAUCAAUAUGAAUAAAGGCCAACAUAUCAAUAAAUAAAUCUUCGGUUAAGGCGCAUGAAUAAAAUUUCCUAUCCUUUUAUUAUUUUUGUCUGUUCUUUAUAUCUAACUCAUUUAUAGUUUAAGUUUCAAUAUCAUUUAAAAGUGUCGUCAUUCAAUUUUUUCUUAUUUUAGAUUAAGCCUUUUGUGUGUUUAAUUUCAUUCUUAUUUUUUAUUUCAUAAUUAAACUAUUAUUAGCAUUGA